GUUCAUUUAUAAAACUACUCAACUAAUAAUCAUGAUCGCACGUAUAAAUCGUAUAAAAUAAGAUUUGUAUCGACGAAUCGUUAGAGAAAGUAACUUCCAAUCCACUGGGAAACCUAAAAUAUAGUAUUGUCGGCACUGUCGAUAGGAUCGAACGGGACACCGAAAUGGUACGGGGGUCUCGAGAGCCCGAAGCCCUAACCAAAAAUUUCCACGAGACGCAACGUCUGUGCGUGUCUCUUAAGUCUGUGUUUGCAUUAAAAUCCAAUUGGAGAUCGGAGAGUUAACGUUGCAUCAGUAUCAUUGCAAAUUGUUUGAUAUGUGUACGAGUGAUUUUUGGAGGAACAUAAAAGUUAGAUAACCUACGGAAAACGAGUAUUUACGAUAAAGAAAUUCUGGGUGUAGCAUGUGAAUCGCGUUUGAACGGUAACGACGAAUGGGAAAAUGUUUUCUGUGAAAUGUGUAAGAAGCGUCAAGCACUAUCCAUUAUUGAAUCUCCUGUCGAGGAAUUGUUAUUCCCGACGUAGCGAUAAAAAUACGAACACGCAGAAAAUGGUGAAAGCGGAUGGCGAGAAUUUGGAUGAUAUGGAUGGGUCCGUACUUGGUAUGAACUCCAACUGGGAAUUGCUAACUCCUAGAGGAUUCCGAUUUUACCUACCUGGAAGCGUCGGACCUGGCUGGUCCGAUGUAACCACCACAGCUCAGGUGAGAACCCAGAUGCUUAACUUUUCCAACAACGACGAACAACAACGGGUUUGUACAGACUAUUUGGAAAAACGACCAGCCCGCCGGACCGGUAGGUCGACAGCUAACGACAAGUGGCCAAAGCUACAAUGCACCGUUCAGGAAUGUCCAUUGUUAUUGAGAAAAGGUACAGAGGAAUUAUUUCCUGGAUGUCUGGACGCUGGCUCGCCUCAGCUCACCAUAAUUACUAUUUGUCAGAGAAUCGGUUGUAGAGCGUCUAGGUGGAGCAGAGAAAUGGAAAUAGAAAGAGUCGCAAAAUACUUUGUGUUGGCGGCGCACGAUAUUUGCUCCAAGUUAAAGAUGAUCGGAUAUUGGGCCGAUUUCAUCAAUCCGUUCAGUGGGCAGCCGCACUUGAACUUGCAAAAGAAUAGCACUUUGUACGAGACGGAUGAGCGUUUUCGUUGCUUAGGAUUUAAAAUAGUACAUAGGAAGAAUUGUAAAGUGAUAUUACACGAGGAUAACGAAAAAAAUUUCAUAGGAAGUCUCUACACUACAGCGCCAGCGAGUACGGCUCUUUUGAGGGAGUUACUGCGCGAUUACGAUUUCGUGAGUCUCCACGAAUUUCAACGAAGCGAAUAAUCUCGGUAGAGUGUUGUGUGGUUGCUGCGUUUCAUGUUGCCGAGGGAAUUCUGUAUAGAUUUCAAAAGAAAUAAUAUCAUUAGAUACCGUU